AUGUACGGCCUCAAGCAACUCUCUGUGCUGAGCUUCUUGCUGCUCUCCGCCUACGCCGCCAAAGAGGCUACACACACCACAGUUGGAAUUGAGACUGCCGCUGGAAGUCGGGGAAUCAAAGCACCUCUAGACGACUGUUACGACGAUAUCGACGAGGAAGAGGUAUUCACCGUGGCCAUCAAGAAGUAUUGCCGCAUAUUCACAGGGGUUGGAUGCACCGGCCGCAACACCGUCCUGGCCCCCGGCGACCACUCGAGCAAAGACCCUGUCCCCGUUGGCGCCAUCUACUGCCAUUCGACUCGACCUUACUGA